CCUUUGCCCGAUAAUAAAAGGCCGGCACUGGCUUGGCCGAGUAUCAGUUGAUCGUCAGAAGCAGCAACAUGCAACCCUCGUUCUCGAGCCUCCUGCUGGCCCUCCUGGCCGUCGCCACCUUCGCCAACGCUGAAAGGGUCGCUUUCGAGCCCUGCUCAAGUGGAUCAAACCAAUGCGAAGUCAACUGGGUGGAGAUCGACCCUUGUCCCGAGGCGGAAACUGGAGCCCCGUGCAGGACGAAGAAGGGCAAGGCGGCCGCCAUCAAAUUCGACUUCAAAACCGCCGUGCCAAAGGACAAGUUGGACGUUGAGGUGUUCUGGGCGAGCGCCACCGGCGACCUGCCCUUCCCAGGCUUCGACACGGACGCGUGCAAGUACACGCAGUGCCCAGUGGCCGCUGACACUACCCAAACGCUGACCUACUCGCUGGACAUUCCCAAGAAGACGGCGUCGCGCGUCUACAGCGUCAAAUGGGACCUGAGCUCCGCAGACAAGGAGGUGCGGUGCUGCUUCCUCACAAAGAUCCGCAUCUACUAAGCGCCGCGGCCGAUUGUUACUUGUACAGAUCGAAUCGUAUUUUGUGUCAACUGCAUUGAUUGAUUCUCCGGCUUGGUGUUCCUUAACAACUCAAGCUUCUCAUUGUGCAACGUCUCAGCUUAAGAUUAACACGAAUAAAAGAUAUUACGCAAGUGGUUUAGAUGGUAA